GGCCACUUCCUUUCCCCGCUGCAGUCUCGCUGUCCCCAAGCUGCUCCUGUUUCAUGACACGAAGGGAGGUGGUCCUCAUCCUGGGUGAGUGACAAAGGGGACGUGGUGCCACGGGGGUUGGUGGCCCUGUGUGGGACCUGGACCGUGUCCCUUGGAGGCUGGUGUCUGGUGGCAGCGAGCAGGGCACAGCAACUGCCCCAACCCUUCCUGUCGCUGCACCCCAGCCAGGGGGUGUCCCUGGCGAACAAUGUCACCCUGCGCUGCCACCUGCCCCGCAUGGAUGCCUGGGUCCAGCUCUGGCACAAUGGAACUCUGAGAUUUAACAAGGAAAAAGACAAGGAGCAGGAUGCAGCUGAGUUCUCCUUUGCUGUCACAAACCUGGAGGACGCCGGGACAUAUCAGUGUCGGUACCAGGUGUCAGAGCCACUGUGGACAUCAAAUCAGAGCGACCCCGUGGAGCUGGUGCUGACAGACAGCGUGAUGAUGGAGGUGACACCCACACAUGGAACCCCAGUUAGGUCGGAGACCCCAUUUGUAGGGCCCCAGUGUCAGCCAUGGGUGGAACUGUCACGGCAUCCCUGCCCUGUGAUGGGGACACCCAAACCCUCAGAGCCCACAGGUGCCAAGAGGUGGUCCUAUGUGAACCUGCUGGUGGUGGUGGUGAAGGUCUGUUCUGCUCUCUUGGCCCUCAGCUCGGGCCUCUACUUUUACUUCAUUGGCUGCAGCCUCUGGAAACGGAGAAAUGAGAGCGCAGGUGUCAGCCCUGAGAUGCCCGAGUCAGUGCAAUUCCAGGGGUUUCCCACGAACAACGAGGAUCUGACCUACGCCGAGAUGCCAGCUGCCAUCCCGUGCCCCCAGCCUCCCACUUACCCCACUGCCCCCCAGUCCCCUGUCAUCUACACCACAGUGAGCACUGAUUUACCGUGCUGAUGGGCCACCCCAUGUGUCGCAUUUCUGGGGUGUGUGGAAGGGGACAGAUCUCAAAUUCCCUGCUUGGGACUCCCUGAUGUCCUGUUCUAACCACAAACCAGAUAACCUCCCCAAAUCUAACAAUCCCACAUUCUCACUGGUGCGUCCGAAAUUCUUCCCACUCACACCAAAUCCCUAAAUGCUCAUCUCUUACCCCAAAGUCCUUCUUUAUCCCCUCAAAUGUCUUAACAGUCCCUGAGACCUCCAAAUCCUCUCCCAUCCGCUCCCAAACACCACCACCAUUCCUGUGAGACCCCCUCAUCUGUCCCUAUCUACCCCUCCUCUUGAGAUCCCCAGACACGUCCCUUUGCUCCCCUUCCAUUUCCCACUGAUGCCCUAUAGAUCCCCUAUAAAUUCCCCAAUAUUUCCUGCCUCCUAUUCUGUUCCGGUUUUAUCAUUGGUCUUUGGGUGCUGAGCAAUUCCUUUGUGCAUCACUUGCUUUGGAAAAAUAUAUUCAUAUAUCUCAUCAUCA